AUGAAAAUUCUUCGCCCACUUGAUAAUCUUGAAAGGUUUUUUUUAAACAUUCAAUCAUUAAAUAUUUGUAGAAGCAAUGUUUAUUUCACAGUAAGAUAUUAUUGGGAUGAAUUAGUUAACUUGCAGAAUCCAUUUUUAGAAAUUAAUAUCUCUCGGAUUCUUUUUCCAGCCCUUGAAAGAGUCAUUUCUAAAACCCCUCAUUUGUGUAUUUCAAUUAAAGAUGCAAAGACAUCAAACCCACAAUUUGUCGUUUUACCUGAAAUAGAUUUUUCAAGUAUUAUCAAAUUUGUUUCAAUCUCGUCAAAUGAAGAACUUGUCAAUAUUACGGAAAAAGAACUUUAUACAGAAUUCGAUUUAGAUGAUGAAACGAAACCUUACUGGCGUAUUAUUGUUGGAACAAACAAUACAAUAUUACAUGGAGAUUCAGAAAAACAAUCAGAUUUCAAUUUAUGUAUAAU